UUAAAUUAAUUUGAAUAGGUUGAUGCUAAUUUAAAAAAUCAUUAAAAAAUGUUGCGAAUAUUGAUUCGUAAACCUUAUUACAAACUUUUAAAAUCUCACAAUCAUGAGUUUUAUUCGCUAAUUCGACAAUUAGGUUACAGCUUAAUACGAAAAAAAUCGGAAAAUAGUAAUCAAACAGAAGUAUGCAUUGAUAAACCAACAAAAUGGCCAAGUGGAGAGAGAGCUAAUUUUGAUUUCCACGAAGAAACCGAAGCUGCUAUGAACGAGCAAAUAAGUGUGGAGCUGAAGGCAUUUUAUUAUUAUUUAUCGAUGGCUGCAUAUUUCGGUCGCGUGGAUGUCGCUUUACCCGGCUGCGAGUCAUUCUUUAUGCAGAUGCAUCAUGAGGAACAUGAACAUGCCUUGAGAUUUGUUAACUAUGUCAAAAUGCGAGGCGGCAAAGUGCAUUUAUGCGCUAUAGCGCCGCCAAAUCAAGAUUGGAAAUGCCCAUUGCAUGCAUUCAAAACAGGAUUGGAAUUGGAAAUCGAAGUUAGUCAAAAACUAGUUGCGGUAAAUGCUAUAGCGGAGAAGCACGGUGAUCUGAAUGCGAGUGAUUUUAUCAUCACCGGUUUCAUGGAAGAUCAGAUGAAAAGCGUUAACGAAUUUGGAAGAUUAACGACCGUAUUGUCGGGUGUGGGAGAUCAAGCAUUGGCGCGAUUUCUAUUUGAUAAGAAUCUACUCGAGAAUCAUAUCAUGUUCAAAUCUCAAAAUGUUCUAAGAAGUAACUCUCAGCAAAAAAAGUUUGAUAAAUAA